UUGAUUGUAUUUUUAAAUCUUCUUCUUCCUCUCGUCAUUAAAUUGAAAACCAUCAUCAUCUCCUUCAUCUUCAUCGUAAUCAUCACCAUUAUUUUCACCGACUGAUCUCAAGUAACACAAUUUAAUCUCUCAUUAAGUGAUAACCACCAUGACAACAAUUCCUCUGGUAUUGAGUGGCUACCAAAGCUACUGAAGUUAAUCACAAUCCGACUGCCAAAUUGAUAUAGUCCUUUAGUUUACUUAAUGUUACAAUUAACUCGUUUUGUUGGUAUUAUUUUGCUCAAUCGGUCGGUCAAAUUGUGGAUUGGUAACCCAUGUGAUACUCAACAUGAUUAACUACUCCAUUGAUUGUUUUUGAUCUUUUGUUUUGCUAUUUUUUUUAUUCAAUCUUUAAUCAUCUUUAAUUGUUAUUCCUGUUCACUUAGAACAAUGUUUUCCUUUAAUUGAAAUUUGUAUUCUACUAAUACUUACUUAGUGACUGUAAAUAAUCAAACAUUAUGCCGGGUAAAGUAAAAGUGCGAAUAAUCGCUGGACGCAAUUUACCAGUGAUGGACAAAUCAUCUGAUACUUCCGAUGCUUUUGUUGAGGUUAAAUUAGGUAACACCACUUAUAAAACUGAGGUUUAUCGUCAUUCAUUGAACCCAUGUUGGAACUCGGACUGUUUCAGAUUUGAGGUAGACGACGAGGAGCUUCAAGAUGAACCACUUCAAAUCCGGAUUAUGGAUUAUGAUACCUACUCUGCUAAUGAUGCCAUUGGGAAGGUCUACAUUGAUCUUAAUCCAUUGCUCUACAAAGAUUCAGUUCAUGCCAUGUGGGGCUGGUUCCCCAUCUAUGACACAAUGCAUGGGAUUCGUGGUGAAGUUCAUUGUGCAGUCAAAGUUGAUCUUUUCUCCGAUUCCAAUCGAUAUCGUCAGUCUUCUUGUGGUGUUCGCUUCUUCUACUCUCACAGUGUACCUCAUGGUUAUGUUUGUCAGGCGAUUCUUGGAUUUGUCGAAGAAUUGGUUGUUAAUGAUGAUCCAGAAUAUCAAUGGAUUGAUAAAAUUCGUACGCCAAGAGCAAGUAACGAAGCGAGACAAACUCUUUUCUCCAAAUUAUCUGGCGAAGUGAAAAGAAAAAUUGGUCUCAAAGCUCUGGAACUUGGCGGAAAUUCUGUUGUUGGGUAUCAACAAUAUUUUGACCUUGAAGGCGAAUCUGGUAUCGUCGUGAGAGGCAUUGGAACUGCUGUAAUUCUAACAAAGAUCGACAAUAAUAUUGCUCGAUAUCAACAUGGACGAACUCAACUCGGUUCAUCUUCUCAAGCUCAAUCUUCCACCUUGAAUGAAGAGUUAUCAUCAUCAUCAGCUGUACCUUCCAGUGCACCAAUGACCGCCAUUAAUACUCUGACGAUUAAUAAACAAACCUCCGGUUCUAUCAAUAUCUCCAACAACAACAGUUAUGCACCAAAUUCCAGUCUUACCACUAAUAAGGAUGCAAUAGUGAUACCCAAUUCUACUUCACCAACAUCAUUUGUAAAUCCACUGGACAAAAACUUCGAAAGUAACUUAAUUAAUACAAAUGGUACACAUACUCACAAUUUCCCAUCAACGAGCAAUAAAAUUGGAUCUCCGACUAAAGUAGGUAUGGGACAACUUCAUCGACGAGGUUCUUCCGAUCCCGAUCUGUCAACCACACCAACCAAGCCCAGUAGCAGUCACAGUAGCAAUUGUGGAAGUGUUGGAAAAACUAAUGUCAAAUUUAUGAUUUCGCCUGAAAAUCUUCAUCUUCUCGAAUAUCCUUUUAUAACCAUGAAACAAUUUCCUCCUGGAUUCAUCGCUCACAUCGGAGGAACAGUUUCUUCGCGGUCUGUAAAACUUUUAGAUCACAUCAACUGUCCAGAAGAUCCAGAAACUCGUGAUGCGUGGUGGAUGGAAUUAAGAAAAGAAAUUAGAAGCCAUUGCCGUAGUUUAGCUUGUAACGCUGUUCUGGGCUAUUCUGAGGCCACUUAUAUCUGCGAUAAUGUUGUUAUACUUUCGGCCAGUGGGACUGCUGUUGUUCUGUCUCGAGGUGGAGAACAUGAUAUGGUUUCUAAUCGAGGUUCAGUGACCGAGAAAUCAAAGAGUGACCAUGAAAGUAAUUUAUCUUCUACAAACCAAUCAGCUGUAGGAGGCUCAACAGCACCAUCAUCGACUGUACCUUCGAACCCGAUUCUCUCCACAACCAAAGCAGACACUAGUAAAACAUCACGAACUCACCAGAAUUCAGAUUAUCAACAACCUUCUUCAACAUCAAAUUGCAGCAUUUGCCAUAUUCCUUAUCCAGAAUCAAGUGUACCGUUUCAUUCAUCGUUGCUCAAUUGUAGAAUUUGUAAGAAAGCCAAAGUCUCUGAUGUUUUGUUCAUGACAAUUGAGCCUCCAAGUAACAUACCAAUUGUUGGUCGUGGUUGCCUCAUCCAGGCUCGAGUUUGUCGUAAUAAGAGAGAUAGUAAAGGAGAGCAAUGUGCCAAGGAGCUAAGUGAUAGCUUACCUUUUCUGGAACAUGAAUUGCAUCGACAAUUACUUAGUAAGGUUAAAGUAAAAGGAAUGAAUGCAAUCUUCGGAUUGAAAGUACAAAUAUCAUUCGGAGAAAACAUGUUGAUUGCUUUAGCUACUGGAACAGGUUCUUAUGUAGGUGCCUUACCACCACCCGAUCCACCACAAAUAUCAUCUGGAAAGGGAGUUAAAACUACGGAUUUGAAUGCGAUUCAAAAAUUAAUUUUAGAAAGUAUGUCCAGAAAUCGAGAACAUUACGGCUUGACUGACAUUCCGCAUGAAGAGCGAGAACCUUCGGAAGGAGAGGGUGAAAAAAAUGGAACCAAAAUAGCAGAAAGUGACAAAGAAUUGGAAUAUGUUGAUAACUACGGAAAGAAAAAAGAUCUCGAGCAAUUCUUAGGGAGCAAGGAUGGUUGUGUUGUCCUAGAAGUCGACGAUACAGAAGAUGCGGACAUAAUUUCACUCAUGAUCGACUCAGAUGUUCCUAAAGGCUACGAAAUCUGUAAUACUGAAACUAUGCCUGGACUGUCUGGUCAUUUCUCUGGUGUCCUACAAACAUUUGCUCAAGUUCACAGAGUUAAACUCAUUGCGAUUAAACAGUUUGGACAACAGUUCGAUUGGAUUAUUCAAGGACUUUUCGUUAAACUGCGUCGCCUUGUACCUUGUUGCCUGACGGACAUAAAAUUUCACGUUGAUUUACCUGAACAAGAUUUAGUCCAAGUCACAGUUCUUGGAAGUGCUAUCGGAAUCGUUGGAUCAACAACUCUCGGUUCCAUGGGCAAAGGAAGCCUGUACUUGCCUCCUACAUCAACAUAUCGACGACGUCGGACUCUUUCAGCAAACGAUUCAUGUGAUGAAUUAUUAUUCACUAUGGACGAUGAUCAUGGAAAUAAUCAAGAAGAUUUAGAUGAUUUGAAGCGGGAAAGUUUCACUCCAUCCGAAGCCUUAUCCGAGUCAAACGGAAUUGAAUUAACUCCACUAAGUUACAUACCCGGUGCUCAUAUUCACAAAUAUCUUGGAAACUUGGAUUUCUUUUUUAUUCGAGAGACAACAAGUAUUCGUGAAAGUGGUGGUCUCAAUGGCUUCAUUCACAGUUUUCUCAGUGAAGUUUUCGCCAUCGUUCGUGCUCAUGUCGCGAGUUUAAGUGGAAAUGCGAUGGUCUCUCUACAUUUGACUCAAUGUGUUCUCGUUCACAAUCCACACAAAAAUCAGGCUCAGUGUUUGAUCAAUAUCGCUGGAGACGCUGUUUCGAUUCAAAGUUGCUCAACAAAACCAAUCGCGAUUGCACGUUAAUUGUAAUUAAUCGAUUGAAAAACAUUUCAAACCAAAACUCAAUCUUUUUGCUCCAAAAAUGAAACACAUCUAUUAAUAUAAACUCAAAACAAUUGCUUCAAUCAACUAUUCUUAGCUAGUCUUUGGUAAAAUAUUAAGAAUAUUAAUAUUAAUGACAAUAUCAAACGUAAUAAUCAAAAGAGUCAAUUUAAGAACAAUCAUUUAUCGAAACUAAAGUUCAAGUGUAAUAAAGAAAAUGUAACAUAUGAAAGGACAUGACAAAAAUUCAACAAACUUAAUCUAAUUUUUCAUGGAUUAAAAUUGAUUGUAACAAUUUAAACACGGAAAUGUUAGGAGACUCAAAUAAACCAUAAUUAAAUAUACAAUGUAA